AGUCAAGCGUAAGCCUCCGUUGAAUAGACUCGAAGUAAAGUAAAAUAAGAUCGGUUUAGAGGCACAGACAAAAAGGUCUUUAGUGAAGUGCUUAGUGAAAAAUUCAAUUUUUCCCACAAGACAUUAGUGUUUUUUUUGUGUUUUAAAAUAAGGCCAUAGAGUGAAUUAUUUCUAAUUGAAAAAAAAAAUCUCUGUUAAGUUGAGAAUAAUCGAAAAAUUUGCAUAAGAUUUGCACAAAAGGUGAAAGAUGGUGACGUGUGACUGUCCAAUUAGCGCCGCAUCGACUGGUCCAACAUUAUCAUCAUUAUGUGGAGGUGGACCAUUCAUGCUUUUCAUGGGACUCCUAGAAGUCUUUAUUAGAUCUCAGUGUGAUCUCGAAGAUCCAUGCAAUCGUCCAAAGCCCAAACUCACCCAGGAAAUCGACAAUACUUAUGAUUUUAUUAUUAUUGGAGGUGGAUCAGGAGGCAGUGUAGUUGCAUCGCGAUUAUCUGAAGUAUCCGAUUGGAAAGUUCUUCUUAUUGAAGCAGGACCCGAUGAACCGACUGGCGCCCAAAUUCCCAGCAUGUUCUUAAAUUAUCUAGGAAGUGACAUUGACUAUAAAUAUCAUACUGAACCGGAGAAAGGUGCUUGUUUAUCGUCGCCUGAGAAAAGAUGCUAUUGGCCACGUGGAAAGGUGUUAGGUGGAACCUCGGUGGUAAAUGGUAUGAUGUAUAUUCGUGGAAAUCCAGCAGAUUAUAAUGAUUGGGAGGCAAAGGGAAAUCCUGGUUGGAAAUAUAGUGAUGUAUUGCCGUACUUUAAGAAGUCUGAGGAUAAUGGGCACAUGGAUGAAGUCGAUCCUGAAUAUCAUAGUAAAGGUGGAUUAUUGCCAGUUAAUAGAUUCCCUUAUAGUCCACCAAUUUCAAAAGCAAUUUUACAAGCUGCUGAAGAAAUGGGAUAUAAGCCAACAGACUUGAAUGGUGCAAACAAUACAGGCUUCAUGAUUGCUCAUACAAACAAUAAAAAUGGUAUUCGAUAUAGUAUGGCAAGAGCAUUCUUAAGACCUGCUGCAAAACGACCAAAUCUUCACGUUCUUGUCAACACAACAGCCUCUAAAAUUCUCAUUGAUCCAAGAACGAAAAAAGCAACUGGAGUUGAAAUUGUUCAAGCUGACGGAUUCAGAAGACGCAUAAAUAUGAGAAAGGAAGUAAUUGUUUCCGGUGGAGCUGUCAACUCACCUCAAGUUUUAUUGUUGAGUGGCGUUGGACCUCGAGAUGAAUUGGAACGUGUUGGAAUCAAAGUCGUUCAUGAGUUACCGGGUGUUGGUAAAAAUCUCCACAAUCACGUCGCAUAUUUCAUUAAUUUCUUCAUCAAUGACACUGACACAAGACCUCUUAAUUGGGCUACAGCCAUGGAAUAUUUACUCUUUAGAGAUGGAUUGAUGAGUGGAACUGGAGUGUCGUCCGUGACAGGAAAGAUUGCCACGAAAUAUGCUGAAAAGCCUGACGAGCCUGACAUUCAAUACUACUUUGGUGGAUUCUUAGCUGACUGUGCCAUCAGUGGACAAGUUGGAGAGCUCAACAGCAACUACUCAAGGUCAAUUCAGAUUUUCCCUGCAUAUCUUCAUCCAAGAAGUCGUGGAUACAUCACAUUAAACUCAAAUGAUCCACUGGAAGCACCAAAAAUCUUUGCAAACUACCUCGAUGAGGAACAAGACAUCAAAGCUUUAGUUGAGGGAAUCAGAUUUGCAAUCAAGCUGGCUGAGACAUCAGCAUUGAAGGCUUAUGGAAUUGAACUUGACAAAACUCCAGUUGCUGCUUGUAAAAAUAUUCCGUUUGGAACUCAGGAUUAUUGGGAAUGUGCUGUCCGCCACAACACUGGAGCUGAGAAUCAUCAAGCAGGAAGUUGUAAAAUGGGACCAGCACGUGAUCCAUUAGCUGUUGUUGACCAUGAGCUUAGAGUUCAUGGAAUUGAGAACGUAAGAGUAGUCGAUGCAUCUAUCAUGCCAGCAGUUACAUCAGGAAAUACGAAUGCACCAGUUGUGAUGAUUGCUGAGAAAGCUUCUGAUCAUAUUAAGAGAGCUUAUGGACGCUAGACAAAAAGCUUUCGAUUAGUUCUAAAUUUUCUACAAGCUCAUAAAUUCUUAUAUUUCAUAAUUUAAAUUAGACAUGACUUGACUGUUAAUUUACUCAUAUAUUUAUGAAUUAAUCAAAUUUGUGGGUGAAAGAAUUAACAUAGAAUGUGACUUAUGCCUUUGGGCAUGCAAAUUUAAACGUUUUAAUUUCUGUCAUUAUUUGAUAACAUUCAUGUUCAAUAAAACCCAU